AUGACAUUAAACCUUAUAUCAAAAAUCGGUGGACCAUGUUACCCAAACUCAAGGAAACGUGGUUGCAAGAUCACGACGAACUAUACCGUGAGACGCCUAGCUCCAGUAAUACCCCUGUCAAGGAAGAGUUGGCGAAAAGUAGUCCACUGUCUUCGAUCUCUGCACGGGGCUCUAAAAAGUCGAAGAGUCCAAUGGGACAAAUCAAGAUUACAAGGUCGCGAUACACUGAUAGCUAUGUUUCUGCUGCUACUUCUCCGCUUCCCCAAACUUCAGCAUCACCACUCCGCCAAGUUUCUGCACUUCCCCAAGCUUCAGCAUCGCUGCCUCCUCAAGCCACACUCAUUCCAUCACCCUGCUACACAACCAUCUCCGAGAUAUCACCAAUUCCAACACCCACAAGGACUCUCAAGAGAGAAAGCCCAGAGCAUGGUUCAGAAAAAAAUGAUAGAAAGCGGAUAA